AUGAAUAGUGCACAAUAUCCUGUUAUUAAAAUGGAGGAUCCUUAUUGUGAUGUUGAAGUUGAAAGAAAUGUAGUAGAUGGAGAGCAAGGCUCAUCAACAUCUGGAGGAACUCUUCCUUACAUGAGUACUUUUAGUGGUAAACAUGCAGGGCCUGGUUCUGUAACAAUGUUUUAUCCACAGCUAUCAGGGUAUGAUAUUCAUCCACUUUUAAUUAAUCAACGUCGACGAUCAGCUCAAAGUGAAAAAUUAAUAGAUCCUCAGGAUCCUUUAGAAGACACGCAAACUUUGACUCCUGCUCUUAACAACCACCAAUUAAAAGAUACUCGAUUUAAGCAAAAAUUAAAACCUGGUAAAAGGAGACCCAACGAUCUCCAGGAUGAAUCUUAUGUUCUUCCAGAAAAUCCUACAGGAUUAGACAAUGAAGCAUCGGAUUAUUCAGCGAAAAAUCGAAAAUCAUUUUAUUGCAGAGCUUGUGGUAAAGCAUUUAAAUUUCAGACUUCUUUGUUGCGUCAUAAUAAUAAAGUUCACAUCAGCAAAUACCAGUGUCCUACAUGCAGUCGAGUUUUUUCCAGACAGGCAUAUCUUGAUGUACAUACUUCUAAACAAGGGAGUUCAUGUUAUUUGGCCUUAAGAAUGUCACGUGGUCGUCCACAACUUCAACCCUUGGCUGCUUCUACAGAAUGA